AUGACUGAUAUCCUAGAGCGUUUGGCUGAUAGACAAGGUCCUGGACCACUUAAUCAACCUGGGGGACAGGAUAGAGGAGAGGAUAGAGCCUUAGAAAGGUUUUUGAAGUUUAAUCCGCCUAAGUUUAUUGGUGAACCCGAUCCUGAGAUAGCGGAGAAUUGGUUGGAGAGAAUGACCAAUAUAUUCGCCGUCUUAGACUAUACCGAGGAUAGACGAGUGAAUUUUACUGCCUUCCAAUUUGAGGAAGUGGCUCUUACUUGGGAUUGUGAGAUAUGGAUUAGAGAACGGAAAUUAAUGGCCGAUCUGAUAGAUUUAGCGAUUAAGAGGUAUGAUGUGAUUCUAGAAAUGGACUGGUUAGCCCGUUACAAUAUCCAGUUGAACUGUAAGACGAAGAUAGUAGAAUUGUGCAUUCCGGGAGAGGCAACCUUUAAACUGGAUGUAAGGGGUAGAUUAGCCUCAUUUGCACUUAUCUCAGGGAUCCGAGUUAGGAAAAUGUUAAGUAAGGGAGUUCAGGGAUAUUUGGCUUUUUUAAUCAACACUUCUAGUAAUAAAGUGAGAUUGGAGGAUAUGCCUAUAGUGAAAGAGUUCCCAGAUGUUUUUCCUGCAGAAUUGGAGUCUUUACCCCCAAAAAGAGAAAUAGCUUUUAAGAUUGACGUGCUCCAGGAGUAG